CCUCGCGCGCCUCCUGUCAAGUAUAAAGCUCCGCUAGGAACUCGUUGGGAAAAAGAGAAGGCUGCAGCUGGCGGUGCUGAAGCGUUCGAAUACGCUACAGAUCCAAAGUGUAUAGGUCCUUGGAUUAUAGGCGAGUGCGUCGGGAAAGGUGCUUCCGGUCGUGUCAAAAUCGCCAAGCACAAACGUAGUGGACAGCUCGCCGCCGUCAAAAUCCUCCCUCUUGCCCCGCUGGUCAACUCUCGUGUCUCACUUUCUACCCAACAAGUGAAAACAGAGAAACAACGCCUAGGAAUUGACCGAGAAAUUAUAAUGAUGAAGCUCAUGAACCAUCCCAACAUCCUACGCAUCUACGAUGUCUACGAAAGCACUAGGGAGCUCUUUCUCAUUCUUGAAUAUGUCGAAGGCGGAGAACUUUUCGAUUUCCUGGUCAACAAACGUCGCUUGGAUCCUUCCGAAGCUCUGAUCAUUUUCAUGCAAAUCAUAUAUGGUCUCAACUACGCGCACACAUUUUCUAUCAUCCAUCGCGACCUCAAGCCCGAGAACAUUCUCAUUGCUUCUUUUAAUCCUCCUUUCGUCAAGAUAGCCGAUUGGGGAAUGGCUGCCUUUGCUCCCCCUUCUCUUCAUCUGGAGACAAGCUGCGGCUCCCCUCAUUACGCUAGCCCCGAAAUCGUCAACGGACAUAGGUACCAAGGAACCGCGACGGACAUCUGGAGUUGCGGCAUUGUUCUUUUCGCUCUCCUUUCAGGCCGGCUGCCUUUUGACGACAAGGACGCCGGGGUUCUGCUAAGCAAGGUAAAGAGUGGCGUUUUCGAGAUGCCCCAGUCAUUAGAUCCAUUGGCAAAAAAUCUUCUGUCUCGAAUGUUGGUUGUUGAUGUUCAUCAGCGAAUCACGAUUUCUGAGAUUCUUGUGCAUCCUUGG